AUGAGCAGAAAGCGGCAGCUAACGAUGGAGGAGGCGUUUGGUGCUGGUGGUAUCAUCAGAAGGUCGGUGGGUGAUGGCCAUGAUGAAGGUGGAGGUGAUCUGCCUCGGCCUUCAGUUGGCAAAAAGCCUGAGGCUGCGGCUAAAGCUACUGCUAAAGCUAAAGCUAAGUCUAAACAUCUGGCCGUUAGCGGGAGUCCUUGCCGCGCACGUCGCUCCAGAGCCGCCGCACGCAGUUCCAGUGGUCCACGUCGGUCCAGAGAAAGUUCCUCGUCGGAUACAGGCUCUUCAGAGCUAUGGGAACCUGAAGCUGACCCAAACAGCAGUGACUCAUCCCCCGAUUCCCCCAGAGCAACCGGCAGAGCAGUAAGUAGAGUGCUGGCCCAAUCCAGGAGUAACAAUGCUGGUAAAAGGAGGCCUACAGGCGCUACAUUGAGCAGAGGCGCUGCCAGCGUGAGUCCUGCAAAUACAGGUGUGAAGAAAAGAGUUGCAAAGGGUAAAGGCGGCACCUGGCGGAAAUCCGGAUGGAAACCAACUGUGUUCCGCUUCACCGCAACGCCUGGUCCCCUGAACGCGGCAGCAGAGCUGGAGUCCACCUCGCCUGCUGACUUCCUGGAGCUGUUCCUCACGGACGAGCUGCUCCAGCACAUCACAGAGCAGACCAACCUCUAUGCUCAGCAGCAUUUCCUGGCAAACCCAGAGAUUCCGCAGCACAGCAGAAAGUCCUGGACAUUGAAGGUCCAGGAUGAGGACGAGGAGGACAUCGAGGACGAGGAGGACAUUGAGGACGAGGAGGACAUCGAGGACAUUGAGGACAAGGAGGACGAGGAGGUCCACAACGAGGAGAACGAAAUCAGAUACCAGCUCAUCCGAGAUAGGAGCGAAUAUAUAUCAGGGUGGUACACGGUGCGAGAGCAGUCGUGCCUCUCACCCAUCCAACAAGAUAAGAGAGCGAUGACACUUGCGCGGUAA